CGGUCGAUCCGAUCCCCGCGAUUCGAGCCCUCGCGCAUCGAUCUGGGAUUCGUAGCUCUGUUUUUGGGACAUUAGGGGUUCAUAUUUUUGGAAGAGGGCAAGUUGGUUUGAUGCGUGAAACCGACUCUAGGGUUCUGGAUCCAUUUCGAUCGGUAGAGAGCGUUGGUGGAUUUUUUUUUCUUUUGUGCAGUGGUUGUUGAUUAAUUGGAGUUUCAAAGAAUUGUAGCUAUUUGACGCGGCAAGGGCUGCAGAGGGGUGCAUCUGCCAAGCCAUGGAUAAGGGGCUCUUCGCCAACGACGGCUCCUUCAUGGAGAGGUUCAAGCAGAUGCAGCAGGUGCAGGAGAAGGCCGCUGCCGCCGGGGCCGCAGCCUCAUCGGCGGCGCCCAAGCCUGCGAACCCCAAGCAGGGGUUUGCUGUGGCGGCGAACAAGAGUCCGUUUGAGCUGAAGAAGGCCGGGCCGGUCACCACGGGCGGCAAGCUGGCCUUCAGCCUCAAGAAGGCCAAGGUCGCAAUCGCGCCUGUUUUCACGCCCGAAGAUGAAGAUGAGGAUGCGGCAGAUGUUGACAGGGAGGAGCCCGCCAAGCGCCAGAAAUCUGUGAAAGCUGAUACUCCUGCGGUGGUUGCCCCGACCGGGGCUGUUGCCCCACCACCACCAAAUGAUAUGACAGUGAGGCAAGUUGCUGACAAAUUAGCAAGCUUUGUUGCCAAAAAUGGGAGACAAUUUGAGAAUAUUACACGGCAGAGGAAUCCUGGAGAUACACCAUUCAAGUUUCUAUUUGACAAGCACUGUCCAGACUACAAAUAUUAUGAGUUUCGCCUUGCUGAAGAGGAAAAGAUUCUUGCCCAGUCAAAGGAGGCUGAAGCAUCAAGAAAUGCAAACAUUGCAAGCUCCAAAGCACCAGUUGGUCUGCACAGAAGCUCAUUUGAACAAAAGCCUAGCUAUCAAACACCUGCAUCAGCUUUAUAUGGGGCAUACGAGGGUAGUUCUUCCCAAGGAAGCUCAUCUAGUUAUGCAGGUGAUACGUCUGUGCCCUCGGAUCCUGUAGCAUUGAUGGAAUUCUACAUGAAGAAGGCUGCACAGGAAGAACGGAAGAGACCACCAAGGCAGUCAAAAGAUGAAAUGCCGCCACCUCCUUCCCUUCAAGGUCCUCCUAAGAAGGGACACCACAUGGGUGAUUUUAUACCUCCAGAAGAACUUGAAAAGUUCAUGGCACGUUGUAAUGAUGCUGAAGCACAAAAGGCUACCAAAGAAGCUGCUGAGAAGGCUAAGAUUCAAGCAGACAAUAUUGGGCACAAACUUCUAUCUAAGAUGGGCUGGCGGGAAGGUGAGGGUCUUGGUAGUGAGAGAAGAGGCCGUGCAGAUCCCAUUAUGGCUGGAGAUGUGAAGAAGGAUCAUCUUGGUGUUGGCGCUGUCCAGCCUGGUGAGGUCACAUCUGAAGAUGACAUCUACGAGCAAUACAAGAAGCGAAUGAUGCUUGGCUACCGUUAUAGGCCAAACCCACUGAACAAUCCAAGGAAAGCAUACUACUGAUGCAAGCGAGUUCAUCUGGGGGGGAGAUGUAAGGCACCAAUUUUUGCUGCAUUUUUGCUCACAGAACUAACAGUUGGUUAGAGGAUAUCACUAAUGGCAUUGAAAGUUUUUGUUCAUCAGCAGAAAAGCCAAGAAGUUCACUUCCUCAGGAUAUAACUUGUAUUGCCACAGAUCUAAGGCUUCUGGGGUUUCUGCUGCAGCUUUUUUCUUUGUUUAGUGUUGCAUGUAUUUUCAAAUACACCUGUGUUGAAUUGUAGAUAGGUUUCAAACUGUGAUGUAUCGCUUUCUUUAUGGAUGACUAUUUUCCUGAUUAUUCAACUUUGAUUGUUAUUAUUUUGGAGAUAUUUGGUAAGAAUAAGCCAGAAAAUUAAUGCAAGGGUUCUAUCUUGUCAGAA